CUGUUCGUUACUCUUAAGUAGCCAUGAGUCUCAGCAAUUUCUUCUUUAGUUCUUUCUUAAUUCAAACUCUUUAGUCUAUUAUAUUCUCUUAACUUUCUAAAGACUUGAUUGGUCCGUUUACAAAGGGGGAAAAAAUGUGGGUUCUAUGUCUUGCAACAUUGAUUGUUAUAAGCAUUACACAUUGGGUUUAUAGAUGGAGAAACCCCAGUUGCAAUGGAAAACUCCCACCUGGUUCAUUGGGUUUUCCCCUUCUUGGUGAAUCCCUUCAGUUCUUCACCCCGUACACUUCUUCUGAUAUUAAUCCAUUCAUAAAGCAGAGAAUGAACAGGUAUGGACCAAUCUUCAAGACCGGCUUUGCUGGACGACCAACUGUGGUGUCCACUGACCCAAAGUUUAAUCACUUAAUAUUCCAACAAGAAGGAGAAAUGUUCAAGAGCUGGUACCCAGACACACUAAACGAGAUUCUUGGGAAACAAAAUUUAGGUUCCCUGCAUGGUGUUGUGUUCAAGUACGUUAAGAACAUGGUGUUCAAAAUGUUUGGUCCUGAAGGCCUCAAAAGGAUGCUCUCAGAGGUUGACCAGAAAGCGUGCACAACAUUGCAGCAGUGGUCAUGUCAGGAUGCUGUUGAGUUGAUGGAUGCAACAAAAAGGAUGAUAUUUGAUUUGACUGCCAAAAAACUUCUCAGCUGUGAUUCAAAAGAGACUUUGGAGAGUCUAAUGGCCAACUUUGUUUCAUUUAUGGAAGGACUUAUCUCACUCCCUCUCUACAUUCCCGGAACAGCUUAUUACAAAUGUUUGCAGGGUAGGAAAAGGGCGAUGAAGAAACUGAAGAAGAUGCUGCAUGAAAGAAGAGAAGAGCCUAGGAAAGAAGAAAGCGACUUUUUUGAUUUUGUUGUGGAAGAACUUUCAAAAGAGGGAACACUACUGAAUGAAGAGAUCGCUUUGGACCUCAUGUUUUCACUGCUCUUUGCAAGCUUUGAAACCACUUCUUUGGCUCUCACUUAUGCCAUUAAAGCACUCUCUGACCAUCCCUCAGUCCUCAAGCGAUUAGAAGAAGAACAUGAAGCCAUCCUGAAAGGUCGUGAAGAUCCAAACUCUGGACUUACAUGGCAAGAGUACAAAUCAAUGAAAUUCACACUUCAGGUCAUAAAUGAAACGAUAAGGCUCGCAAACAUAGUUCCAGGAAUAUUUCGGAAGACAAUCCAGGAAGUUAAAUAUGGAGGAUACACCAUACCAGAAGGGUGGGCAAUAAUGAUUUGUCCUCCAGCUGUACACUUGAACCCAACCUUAUACGAAGAUCCCCUUUCCUUCAAUCCAUGGAGAUGGGAGGGAAUGGAAAUGAGUGGCGCCAGCAAACAUUUCAUGGCUUUUGGCGGAGGCAUGAGAUUUUGUGUUGGGGCAGACUUUGCGAAGGUUCAGAUGGCUGUUUUUCUUCAUAACUUGGUGACAAAGUACAAGUGGCGACCCAUCAAAGGAGGCAAUAUUGUUCGAAAUCUUGGGCUACGAUUUCCUGAUGGCUUUUAUGUCCGGAUAACGGAGAAAGAUCCAUGGAAGUAUGAAUCAGAAUGAAUCUAAGAAAAUGUAGUGUUAUUGAGAAUAAAAUAAAACUUAGUUCAUUGUCUUUAUUAGAGAAUAAAGUUCAGUUCAUGGUCUUUAGUAGAGCUGAUAUCACAUAGUAUAAUAAAGGUUUAUUGUAAAACUUCAAGCUGAGGAGCAAGUAGAAUGUUUUAUUCUGUCACAGAGAAGAUCAUGUCUACUAUUGUGGUUAUAAACUAAAAAAAUGUAUCAAUUAAACUUUCUUAUUUUAAACACCUGCUAAAGCUUUGCAGUGAUAAUA